AUGGCCCUCAAGAGUUUGCUUUCCUCCCUGUUGCUGGCCCCUCUGGCCUUGGCCCAUCCGGGUCACAAGGAGGCGGUCCACGCCCACCGCGCUCUUCCACUCGAGCGGAGGUCUCUUGACCACUGCAGCAAGGAGUUCAACAGCCCCGAGUUCAUUCAGCGAACCGUCGAGAUCAAUGGUGCCGAGAUCAAGAGGUUGAGGCGUGCCUUGGGCUACGAGGUUGACGAGAAGCCCAAGAUCACUCCCCGCGACUACCUUUCCGUCUCGAGAAUCGACCACAAGAGCAACAAGACGGUCACCGAGGGCAUGGACCUUUCCACCCUCUUCUCCAACUAUGGGGCUUGCAUGCUCAUGCCUGUCGUUGACGAGGGACCGUUGUACGUCAAGGGCGAGGAGAUCCGCAAGAACAUCACCAACGGCGAGAGGGGUAUCAAGAUGACGCUUGCCAUCCAAGUUGUGGACUACAAGACAUGCCAGACCGUCCCCAACGCCUACGUUGACAUCUGGAGCUCCAACGCCACCGUAAGCUACCCCGGCAUGGGCGACCCCAACGAUGCCUCCAUCCUUAAGGGCACAACCCUUCGCGGCGUGCAGCCUACCGACAGCCAUGGUGUGGCUUCCUUUGACACCAUGUUCCCAGGUCACUAUGACGGUCGUGCGACCCAUAUCCACGCCAUCGUCUGGCUCGGAGCCACCAAGCACGCCAACAACACCCUGACUGGCGGUCGCGCUGCCCAUAUUGGUCAAAUCUACUUUGACCAAGGCCUCAUCACGGCCGCUGAGAGGAACGCGCCCUACAACACUAACCGCAUGCCCAUCCAGCAGAACACGCGCGACUUUUUGUUCCAGGCCGGCGCCAACGGUGACGACCCGAUCGUCCGCUACUCCUUCAUUGGCAAAGACGUCUCCGAGGGUCUCUUUGCCUGGAUCCGCUUCGGUAUCAACCAGCAGACCAGCCGCCCGCUCAACCCUGCUGCUUACUGGACUGCGAACGGUGGUGUCAUGAACCCCACUGGUCCCAUCUCCAAGCUUCCCGGCGGUGGUGGCGGCGGCGGUGGCUGGCCCGGUUUCGGAGGCGGUUGGGGCAAGCGCUUCGCUGAGAAGCUUGGUCGCAAGGUCGAGGCUGAGGCUGAGCUCCAAGAGGAUGCCGAGUAA